AGAGAAAACAGCAUAUAUCUCUGGGAGGAAGAUGGAUAAAUAAUUCUCACACAUGUCCUGGCCUCUGGAGCUCAGCUGCCAGUCCACGUCUACGGAAUCUUAGCAUCUAGGACCAAGACACUUCCCAGCGAUCAUCACCCUUUGCAGAGGAGGUGAGAUCACCGGGACUCAUCUGCCAUUGCAGACCUUUUGCUGCUACCUGACAGGUGGCCCCCACUGCUGACGAGAGAUGGUGGAUUUCCCAGUCUCCCUGGACUCCUUGAAGCCAGCAUCUCUGACCAGAAGUCUAGUCUUCCUCAUGCACCUCCUCCUCCUUCAGCCUGGGGAGCCGAACUCAGAGGUCAAGGUGCUAGGCCCUGAGUAUACCGUCCUGGCCCUCGUCGGGGAGGAGGUGGAGUUUCCGUGCCACCUAUGGCCACAGCUGGAUGCCCAGCACAUGGAGAUCCGCUGGUUCCGGAACCACACCUCAGACGUGGUGCACCUGUACCAGGAGCAGCAGGAGCUCCCUGGCAGGCAGAUGGAGGCGUUCCGGAACAGGACCAAGUUUGUCAAGGACUACAUCGCCUACGGCAGUGUGAUCCUGCAGCUUCACAGCAUCGUCCCCUCCGACGAGGGCACAUAUGGCUGCCGCUUCCUCUCCAACAACUUCUCUGGCGAAGCUCUCUGGAAACUGGAGGUAGCAGACCGCGUGGCGCUCCCCCUGCGCGUGCCUCCGCGGCGCCUGGGCGUCUUCCUGGACUGCGAGGCGGGACAGCUGUCCUUCUUCAACGUGUCCGACGGCUCCCACAUCUUCACCUUCCACGACACCUUCUCGGGCGCGCUGUGUGCCUACUUCAGGCCCCGGGCCCACGACGGCGGCGAACGUCCGGAUCCCCUGACCAUCUGCCCGCUGCGGGUUCGAGGGACGCGCGUCCCCGAAGAGAACGACAGUGACACGUGGCUGCAGCCCUACGAGCCGACGGACCCCGCGCCGGACUGGUGGUGAGGCGCCCUCCUGCUCCCCGGAUCCCAGGCCCGCGCUUUGCUCUCCUGCUCCGUCUGAAGUGAGCAGGUGCACCAGCCAAAAUGUCAGCCAGGGGGACAAAGAGGGGGACCUUUGCCUACGUAGAUGCGUAUGUGUAAUGCGAUUUUCUUCAAGGAAAGGAGACACGUCCAAAACUCAUAUGCGGAUUGUGGGACUGAGCGAAUGAGUACAAAGACAUCCAAGUCGCUGAGAGCCGGGGUUGCCUGCGGUGGGCGGUGGGAAAGAAGCCAGCGUGGAAGAAAGACGGAGAAAGCUUUGGUGACUGCAUUAGAGGGAUCAGUUAAUUUGUAUCAUUUUAUAUUUUUUGUAUACGUUUGCUAGCUCUAAAAAAGUCGAGACGCAAUGACACUUCGUAAGCAACGAGUUCACCUAAGUAAGGCUCAGAUCCUAGUUUUAAAUAGCAUUUCCCAUUAAAAUGAAGUUGAAGAAACAGCUGCUUCUGGGGCUGGGGCAAAAAUUUCAAGGUGAGCCUGGAGCAUUGUGUGUGGUAAAGUAAAAUAAGCGCUCAAAACGUGACGGCAACAUGGCAAAAGGGUAGAGGAGCCAGGCUGAAGGGACCUCACUGACCAAUUGUGGGACAAUUUGAACAUCAGGAUGAAUAAUGACAGGAGAGAUGAUAACGCACUGAAUAAAAACAUAAUCCAUG